AGGAGAGGGCAGGGGCCACGGGAGGAGGCGUAAGGCUCUUCAGAUACCGCCGCCGCUGCCACUCCUUUAGACUCUGGACGUGCGGGGACCGGAGGCGCUCGGCCUCUGCCUUAUAAAAAGCGUCAGGACAGGGCGGGCCUGGCACCCGAGAGGCGGGUACCAGGCCUCAGCGGAAUCCGGGUGGCCGCGCCGCGCCCCCACCUGUUGCGGCGGCAGGGGCUGCGCUGGCUCGGGCUCGGCGGGCUUGGCUGCAAAGAUGGGCCGCUACUCGGGCAAGACGUGCCGCCUGCUCUUCAUGCUCGUGCUCACCGUCGUCUUCUUCGUGGCCGAGCUGGUCUCGGGCUACCUGGGCAACUCCAUCGCGCUGCUCUCGGACUCCUUCAACAUGCUCUCCGACCUGAUCUCGCUGUGCGUGGGCCUGGCCUCGGGCUACAUCGCCCGGCGCCCCACCGGGGGCUUCCGGGCCACCUACGGCUACGCGCGCGCCGAGGUGGUGGGCGCGCUGAGCAACGCCGUCUUCCUCACCGCGCUCUGCUUCACCAUCUUCGUGGAGGCCGUGCUGCGCCUGGCCCGGCCCGAGCGCAUCGAUGACCCCGAGCUGGUGCUCAUCGUCGGCGCCCUGGGGCUGGCGGUCAACGUGGUGGGGCUGCUCAUCUUCCAGGACUGCGCCGCCUGGUUCACCUGCUGCGGCCGGGGCCGCCGUCGCCGCCUGCAGCAGCGGCAGGAGCAGGCUCAGGGCGAGCGUUCCGGGGCUUUUGGAGGACCCCAGGGCGCCGAGGGCCAGCAGCAUGCUGCGACCCCCACAGCCCCUGGCUUGGACUCAGCUGUGACCCUCCGGGGGGCUUCGGUCGAAAGAAAGCAGAAGGGGGCGACCGUAUUCUCAAACGUAGCAGGUGAUUCUCUGAACACCCAGAAUGAGCCUGAAGAGACUAUGAAAAAGGAGAAAAAGUCCGAAGCCCUGAAUAUCAGAGGUGUUCUUUUGCAUGUGAUGGGAGAUGCCCUGGGAUCUGUGAUUGUGGUCAUCACGGCCAUUAUAUUCUAUGUGCUGCCUCUGAAAGUCGAGGACCCAUGUAACUGGCAGUGCUACAUUGAUCCCAGCCUGACUGUUGUCAUGGUCAUCAUUAUUUUAUCAUCUGCCUUCCCACUCAUCAAGGAGACAGCUGUCAUUCUCCUGCAGAUGGUCCCCAAGGGAGUCAAUAUGGAGGAACUGAUGAGUAAACUGUCUACUGUGCCUGGAAUCAGCAGUUUGCAUGAAGUGCACAUCUGGGAACUUAUAAGUGGAAAGAUCAUUGCCACCCUGCACAUCAAGUUUCAGAAGGACAGGGGAUAUCAGGAUGCCAGCACAAAAAUUCGAGAAAUCUUCCACAACGCGGGAAUCCACAAUGUGACUAUCCAGUUUGAAAAUGUGGACUUGAAGGAAUCUGCAGAGCAGAAGGAUUUAUUAUUGCUCUGCAGCCAUCCCUGUGUCUCCAACAGCUGUUCUAACAAGCUGUGCUGCCCCCCUGGGUCAGUGCCUCUGGCCCAUGUCAAUGGCUGUGCUGAGCACAAUGGCGGUCCUCCUCUAGAGACAUACCGUAGCAGAACAGACACACCGGAAGUGGCCAUUGAAGUGUCUCUGGAUGGCUGCCUGAGUGACCACAGACAAACUCUUAGCAAAACUCAGGAGGACCAACAUGUAAACAGUACACAUUUUUAACCUACUACCCACAUAAAAUCAGACUAUUUAGACGAGGCACUUUGGAAUUGCCAAACUGGCUGGUAAAAAGAGUUCGUGGGUUGUGGGCUCUGACCAAGCUUGCAGUGUGUGCUCUUUGUGUUCAGUGGGGGUUGGCUGUUUGGGAUUUUAGUGAAACAUGUCUGUUGAUUUUCAUGUCACUGAUGACCACUUUCCAUCACCUGAGUAACUAAUGCUGCUCUUCAACAGUUUCAGUUUAAACAUGCAUUCUGAAGCAAACUACACUAGAGUAUAUGUCAGGGACGUUGAAGGGCUGGGGCUCAGUGACUAUGGACACAGGAUUCAAAGUAGUUCUUGCUUUUGUGUAUGAGUAUGUGGUGCUGGUGAUAGAACACAGGGCCUUGAACAUGCUAGGUAAGUGCUGUACCACCAAACUAAGUAUCUCCAACCCUUGUUUUCAAACUGAUCAGAACUUUUAGCUCUCAGGUGAGCUCCUAGCCUAAGUACACAUAGAAAAAACUGAUGUACCAUGAUAACUAUGUUUUUCUCCCCUUGAGGAUCAUGAAAGAGGAAAACUAGAUAUGUCUGGCACUGCAGAAAUAGCUUUGCUGUGAUUCAAUUUGGAUAAAUGUAAAAAUGAAUACCUAUUAAGGUAGAAAAUGCUCUCAGAGCAUUAGAGUCUAGUGGGUAAGGAGAAAAAUGUGAUUUUUUUUACUGUCUUUUCAGUUUGUUAGGCUAGAGAAAAUUUUCUGCUGGGAACUGAACUAUAGGUAUGGUGUAUUUCAGAUGUUUAAAUAUAUUCUUUUCACUUGGAAGUGUGGGAAUAUUUCUAUUUCCUUAAGUACUUAUUUACUAUCUUUUAGACACUCUAGUUGGGAUUAUUUUCACUUAUUAGUUUGAUGAUGAUUUAGUUAGUUGUGCAAAUUUCCUUAGAGUCUCUUGUUAUAUGAUCACAUUGAUCUGUGUAGCAUUUACCAGGGGAAAAUAAGUAUUCCUGAGAUAGGAAAAUGCAAGAUAUUGAGUGCUUAUUUCUGCCAAAUAAAUAAGCUAUACUGCUAUUCCUUUAAUUAGAUAUAUUUUAAAGUAUUUAUUAUAGUUGCCAUCUAGCAACUUGAUGGACAAGUUGAUGUCUCAGUGAAAAAUGAAAAUUAAUUUAACUACUACUUUUAAUGUGCUUUGAAGAACUUAGCAUUCUCUUUUAUAUCUCUGACCCAUAUUACCAAGUUCAAAUAAAUUUAUUAUAAUCUAAUUUAGACACAUAACUGAACUACAUUGGUCAUAAAGAAGUAUCUUCCGUGUAUUUAACAGAUUGUUUAGGCAUCAGUAUUUAAGUCUCCUAGGUAUGAGAAAAUGGGAGGUCCCUUAGAGGACCAGCCUCUUCUUUGAUAAUUUACAAGACUGACUGAAAACCAUCAUUUUCUAGGCUAUAAGUUUUGAGUCCUGUUUAGAAUCUGCACAGAAGCACUGGGAUCAUAAUCAAUGACAUCCACAUUUUUCAUCACAAACAUAAUUUUAAAAAAUUUGUCUUUGUCAGGGAAGGUGGUAUAUACCUGUAGUCCCAGCUACUUGGGAAGCUGAGGUAGGAGGAUCACUUGGGCCCAGGGGAGUUUGAAGCCAAUCUGGGCAACACAGUGAGAUCCUGACUCAAAAAAAAUUUUUUUUUCUUAGUCUAAAUUUGAAGACUGAUAAGUAAACAGCUAUUAUGAUCAUGAUGUAAGAUCGUUAAUUUUUUUUCUUUGUAAAUUUAUUAUCUAAGGUUAAAUUGGCUAUAAACAGGUAAAUAGAAAAAUUCCUAAAAAUGCAUUCAUCUCUAGAAGUUUAUUGGUUUAGGUUUUAUGCACUUUAUAAGCCAAAGGCUGGGGGCGGGGGGUAAAUAGUAAGACACCAUUUCUAUUUUUAGUAUCCAAAGUGAGACUUGUACUCACAAAAACUACAGGAUUCUCUUAAGAAACUCACCAUAGUGAGAUGUGAACCAAAUUCUUUUACCUAAAUAUCGUUUGAGAUGCCUUAGUUGGAGCCAAAGAAGAAAUUUGUCUCUUUUUUCCAAAUUUGAAGGUCUAAUUUGAUUUCAUACCAUUCUCUCUUUAUUAAAAGGGAAAAUUAUAAUUUUGCAGUUUUUGUGCAACUGGCUAAAGGAACGCAUUUCAGUUUGUUUCUAAACAAUGACCUUUAAUUAAUCCCUAAAGUAUUUUUCUGGAAAGGAAAAAGCACUUAAUUCCAACAUAAUUAAAUCUCACCUCAGAAAACUAUCUUGAUCGACACCUAUAAACAUUCCAAAUUAUGGAUGAGGGCCAGUGCAAAAUAAUGCCUUUGUAAGAUAGUUUGGCUAAGUACAUUUAAUAAUAUCCAAACAAACUGAAUAAGUGCAAUAUUCUUGAAUCAGAUUAGGUGAGUUGCAUUUGUCACCUGCUGGAUUGUACUUUAAUCUGGGUUCUACUCUCCCUUCAGUUGUCCUGUCUUUUAAUUCUCCCAAGGAAAUGCAAGAGUUUUCUUUUUCCUCUGAAUCAGACUUGUUUAGUGAUAGCAACACCUGAUGAACGGUAGAUUUAUAACAAUAGCUUUUGAGAUUAGAGACUGCCACUCGGUUUAUGUUCUCAUAUUCUCAUAUGCUCUCCUUUUUUUUAAGCUUUUUUUUUUUCUUUUUUUGCUUUGACGCUGGGUAUUAAACUGAAGGCCUUGCACAUGGUAGGCAAGGGUUCUGCCACUGAGCUAAACCCCUGGCCCUAAAAAUGUUUUUAAUAAACUCCGUGGCAUCCUAUGUGUGUCAGGUCAGGGCACCUCAUGUUUUCUCCACCUCCUGAUAGCACCAAGCUUGGGUCUAAGGCUUUAGUACAUGGGCCAGUUGUCCUGCUCAGCAGUCUGACUAUUUAUCCUUCUAGCACUUUUAUAACCCUCCCGCCCUUCUCUUUCUAUACAGCAAGUUCUUUCCACAUUGUUGCAGCACCAGCUGUAGAAAGCACUAAAACUGCUUAAUUUUCCAACUUCUAACUUUGUUUUUGAAAAUUGAGGCCAAUUUUGUUUUUUGAUUCUAUGGGGCCAUCACGAAUAGCCACAAGGCUACCAGACUCCAUUGUUGACAGAAAAAAAUAUUGUCUUCCUUAUUUUUGAUACAAUGUCAAUUAAAAUAGGGAGGUAUUGAGCAAAAAUUUAAUUUCAUCACAUUUAAUUACUUUUUUGGGGGUGGGGGCCGCUGUUUGCACAAACUCUGGUGGAGGUAAAUUUGGAACUCCACAACUCAAUUGGAAUGAGUAUUUUGAAUGUAAAGAAAAUCACUGAGUUAGACACUGGAUUAUAAGGCAGCUUCCCAGUGACAUAUGAAGAACUUUUGCUGUGUUUCAAGAGGUUUUUCAAUCUUCACAUUAUUGAUAUUUUCCACCAGAUAAUUUCUGAUGUGUACAUUGAAUGUCUGGUGUAUUAUAGGAUGUUUAGCAACAUCUUUGGUUUCUAUUUGUGGAUGCCAAUAACAUCUUCCCAAGUCAUGACAGUAAGAAAUGUCUGUAACAUUACCACACAACCCCUGGGGGAAAAUUUAUCCCCAAUUCAUCAGUUUUUCAGGAUUCACUCUAUAAACAGUACCUUUUUUUGUUGUGCCAGGGAUCAAACCCAGGACCUUGCAUAUGCUAAGCACAUACUAUGCCAGUGAGCUACCCCUCAAACACUAUUUUAAAUGUUGAGAUCAAACUAUUUAUAAAAAUGUAUGAUUGUCUCUACAUAUGAAUUUUGGACAUUUAAAGAAAAAAUAUAAUUUUAAAAAAUCCCUUAAAAAUCCUACUAUGCCAAUCUGUCUUUAGGACAAUGAAUGAAAUGAAAGAAAAGCGUUUGCUCUCUGUUCUGUGAUAAUUUCUUCAAUUCUUGGGUAGUUUCAGUUUGAUGAGCACACUGUAAAUAAGAUUGGAUAAUAACAGUACAAUCGAUUCUUGGGGUUAAGGUUUUAAAUUCUCCUUCAUAUUUGAAAUUCUCAAUUUUAAAUUUGAUGUUUCUUGUUAUUAGUUUUUGGUAAGGAACUCAUCUUAGUGCUUAUGACAAGUUUAGACAUUAAAACACGCUUCAUCCUUUAUGACCAUCUUAAUCCCUUGCCAAAUCCUAUUUUCUUUGAGGGAGUGACAUAUAUUAACUGAAUUUGGAAGUAUCUUACUUUUAAAUGUAUUUUCACACUUUUGUAGUUCAAAACUACAAAAAAGACUAAUUUAGGAAAAAUGGAGAUACAUUUCCUGAUUUAGUGUUCACAUUUAGAUAAAUGACCUCUGACUGAAUGCCUGUCCUAUAGCUCUGCCUUUCAUCUGAUCCAUUGUCACCUCUUUGCACUUCUGAGUGUAUUUACACCCGAGCGGCCACAGGUAGGAAUGAAGUUAUUGAAUCAGGAAACUAGUUUCUCAAAUGGAAUGUGCAUCAUACCAUAAUCCUCACUGUAAUCCAAAUGUUCUUAUGAACUUGAAGUUUAGCUAAUGUAGAUGUGUUAUUUUCUGGCACUUCUCUUACCAGGUGUUUUAUUCUGGAAUUUUUUGUUUACAUGGAACAUUUUUGAAUGCUUGCUAAAUGAUCAACUGUCACCUCUUAGUACAAAGCCAGGCCAGAGACACUGAACCAACUCUGAAUUCUAAUGAGAACAAUUCAAAAAGAUUGAUUUACAAGAGAGAAUGACCCCUUCUUGGAGGUUUGAGGUUAUGUUACAAUAUUGUGGAGCUUUGUUGCUUAAAGUCCUUCUUCUAUCUUCAUAGGCAAUUUGUCAAAGUGUAAUCAUAAUAUUUGGGGAAUUGUUAAAACUUUAAGAUAUAGAGUUUAAAUAACUCAUUACUAAUUGCAUGUGACUCCCCCCAAAAUGUAUGUAUGUCUGCAUACCUUUUGAAGGUGAAAGAUGUUCAAUGGUGCUGUAAAUAAAAUUUUUAAGAAAUAAAAGUACA